ACAAGAAGCCUGGUGAACUGUUUGGAGGAAGAAAAGAGGGGAAUCCUGAGCUGCUUCCCCGGGAUUAAUACUCAUGUUCCAUCGGGAGAUCACAGCAGUCAUUGCCGCUACUUCACUUACGAUUGACUGAAGAGAAUGAAGAUGUUCUGCUGAACCCACCCAAGACUUACAACCCUUCAUUCUCCUCACCGCCCUCAUUGUAACCACUGCCUUCAUCAUGAACCACACUCCCAGCCCCCACCUCUCAGAAGGUGGUAGGUCAGUUGGAGGCGGGCUGCUAUGUAGCCUGGGUCUGGGAUCCGACAGGGGGAUCCGCUCCCCGGACAGCCUAACCCACACCCCCAGCCCCACAGGGGAAACCCCUAGCUCCAGUCCCCCGCUGCUGCUGUCACCCGGGUAUGGAGGCCUUGGGCUGGGAUCCCUCUGCGCAAUGGGUGAAGGAGCUGGGGCCGACUGGGAGAGCAGGGAGGAGCUGCGGCUCAGGGAGUUGGAGGAAGCUCGGGCCCGUGCGGCACAGAUGGAGAAGACCAUGAGAUGGUGGUCGGACUGCACUGCCAACUGGAGAGAGAAGUGGAGCAAGGUUCGUGCAGAGCGUAACCGAGCACGUGACGAGGUUCGUCAGCUGAGACAGCGGCUUGACACACUCACCAAAGAGUUGACCAGUGUUCGGCGGGAGAGGCAGGACCUGACCUCUGAGAAUGAAGCGUUACGGCAGCAGACACUGCAUCUCCGUGGCAACCAGACGGCUCCUCCUCCAACCGCCACCUCGCCUUCUUGCUCACCUGCACACCCCUGUGGUGCUUCCUCCUCCUCAUCUCCAUCCAUUCCUCCCUCCUCCCCUGCUUCCUCGUCCUCUCAGGUUCACGAUGACAGCAAGCUGGACAGGAUGGGGGAAGCCCCCCCAGGGUAUCCAGAGCCAGAACCAGUAAGGGAUGUGGACUUGGACAUAGAUAAGCUUGAUCAGCAACAGGAUUUGGAGCUGCUAGAUUCUUUUCUGCAUUCCAGGACCCCGGGCACUGACAGUCAGGAGGCCUGGGUCAGUCGUGGUGGUGGUGGCAGCGACAGUGUUAAUCCCGCUAGCUCACGUUUAUCCUGUGGUAUGAGCCGGCAGGAGCGCAGCAGGCAGCUGUGGGAGGACAUGAGCUCGGUGGAGGAAGACUCCAGCAAACUCAACGCACUUCAGCUUCGCCUUGAUGAGUCCCAGAAAGUCCUGCUGAAAGAAAGAGAAGACAAACUUGCCCUGAGUAAGAGCAUUGAGAGGCUGGAGGCUGAACUCAGUCAGUGGAAACUUAAAUAUGAGGAGCUCAGCAAGAACAAGCAGGAGGCCCUCAAACAGUUGAAUCUGCUGAAGGAAAUACAUGAGGAUGAACUUGGCCGCAUAUCUGAAGAUCUGGAGGACGAGCUGGGCGCUAGGACGAGUAUGGACAAGAAACUAGCUGACCUACGAGCUGAGAUGGAGAGGCUGCAGGUGGAGAACGCUGCAGAGUGGGGACGCAGGGAGUGUUUGGAAACCGAGAAACUGGCCUUGGAGAGGGACAACAAGAAGCUGCGUGCUCAAGCUGAAGACCUAGAGGAGCAACUGGCCAAGAAACGCAGACAGGCCGCAUCCGCUCUCGACACAGACCUGAAGGCCAUCCAGAGCGAGCUGUUCGAAAGAAACAAGGAGCUGGCGGACCUUCGCCACAUUCAUGCUAAGCUGAAGAAACAAUUCCAAGAGAAGACGGCGGAGCUCGUUCAUGCCAACCGGAGAGUUGAGAGUCAUGAGACAGAAGUGAAAAAGCUACGUCUGAGGGUGGAGGAGCUUAAGAAAGAGUUAGGACAAGCUGAGGAUGAGUUGGAUGAGUCUCAUAACCAGACCAGGAAGCUGCAGAGGUCUCUGGAUGAGCAGGUGGAGCAGACUGAGAACCUGCAGGUACAAUUGGAACACUUACAGUCAAGACUGCGGAGGCAGCAGCAAAGUCCUGGACUCUUUGGGAAGAUGCGAUCGGCUCGGUUCACUCCUGAAAACCCAGACAGUCCCACCAGCGAUAUGGAUGAGGAGGAGGAGGAACAGCUCCAGAUCCCAUGACACAGACAAACACACACAUACACACACAUACACACACACAUACACACACACACACACACACACACACACACACACACACACAGUCUGUGAACCAUCAUAUACUGUUGAGGUGUUGUUACUCCGGAGGAAAAACUUUGUAUACAAAAAUAAUGGUUUUACAACUAGAAGGAGCUCAGUCUGUGAGUGUUUUAAGGACCAAUCCAAUAUUUUUAAACAUUUCACUCAGUGUCAGGUCAACUGGUUACUGGACAGGAUAAUGAUCACAAAUCUGUGAGUUAUUAAAAGACCAAACAAAAAAACAAUGAAGCUUUAAACAUGAAUAAGUUUCCACACAGUAGCAGUAAAACAUACCUUACCCUUACAAAUAACUAAUACUAAGACACAUGCUUGGACAACUAUGGGUUGAUUCUUUUAUUAAAGCUAUUUACAGCUAUGAAAUUGGAGUAUUCUAAUCUAUAUCUAACUGUAUAACUAUCUCAAUCAAUGUAUGUGUAAUCAGAUUUCUUUCCACAUUUACAAAUGUGAUUACGCUCUUGUUUUCUGAAUAUACAUUUCAAGAUUCCUGUACAAAUUCACAGAUGUCAAUAGAUUCCUUUACAUGUUUACAUAUCUGAUUAGACACAUGUUUUAUGAAUGUGUACAGGAUUCUGCAGACAUAUUCAGAAUAAAGUGUCCGUGAAAUCCGUGAUGUGGAAAUGUGGAAGGAAACAAAACUGUAAAUAAAUCUAAUUUUACACAUAUUGAGAUAUAGUAACACUACACUCCACUCACAUGGCUGUAAAUAGUUUUACUGCUAAAAAUGUCCCAUAUACAUUAUUAGACAAACACAAGGAGAAAACCCACCAGGAUUGCGACAGAGAUUAUGGGGACGUCUGAACAGUUACAUUCAAUGAAGGAUUUUUCUUUAAGUGACUUGACAAAUGUCCAACAAACCCAUACAUCAUAGAGUUAACAGUCCUUCUUACUCCAUAUACCACAAACAUUACUGCUGUCUAAUCUGAACUUGGCUCCUGUAGCCAAACAGGCCCCACAUCUCCAUCACCAAUGUAAACGCUUUUAACAAAGCAGCUCUAUAUAUAUAUGUCACCUGAUAUGUCAAAUUAUAUGUCAUUUUAUAUUGAUCUUACUAAAUCGGUUCCCAUUUUUAACCACUAUUUGUAAAUGUGAGGAUUCUUCUUUUUCUGAUGUAUUUUAAGUUCCCAGGCGAGCACUAGGAACUUUAAGCCUCAUUUCAGCUGCGACUUGGAUGGAAUUUCAACCUCAGGAUGUGUUGAGCAGGAGCUUCCUGUAUACCCAGGUUUUUUGAUUUAUCAGUUAGACAGCAGUCACUUCUACACAGUUCCAGGCUGCUGCUCUGCUCUGAUGAAAUCCGGAUUUAAUAACCACAAUCUCAUCUGAACAAAAUCGCAGAGGGAUAAAUUAAAGACCACAGCUUCAUCUAUAUUACUUACAAAAUAAACCAUCCGAGAGGAGGUUAGACGCUCAUUUAUGUCGAUUUCAGCUGCCAUGUGGUCCGUAGAAAGAGAUGCAUAGAGAAGUUAAGGCAUUCCUCAAGCUUGUGGGUCAGUACUGAUGGCUUAGUCCAGUCACUACAUUUUUUAUUCAGUUCUUUAAAAAAAUGUCACCUGAGGAGUUUGAAAAGUUGGACAAUCUUGUGACAAAGGUGCUAAGUUGACAAAAGUGCCUGUAAAGUCCUGAUAAUGUAAUAUAAAUUGUUAUGCACAUAUUCAUUUAAAAAGAGCAGGGAAACUCCGACUAGCCAACCAAUUGUGUAACUUCAACACCGAGGCAGUCAGUCACAGACACCCGCCUUUCCGAGACUGUCCUCACUGUUGUGAUCCAAAUCCUGAUCUACACUUUACACACCAGUAUUCCAGAUGGCAAGACUAGUUAUACAUCCAGAGUUCAGUUGUUCUUCUUCUGAAUUUGGGAUGUGCAGGGAUGAUGCUUUAUAAACUGUUUAAAUGCUGAUAUUUAGUAUUUUACAAUAUUUAAAUUUUCCUGGAGAAAAAAAACCUUACAUCCCAAAUAUUUGUGUCCAUUUAAUCCCUCAGGAUCAGUCUGGGUGUGAAAGCCUCCUGGGUAGCAUUUAGAGCAUUAUGGGAUAAUGAAACUCACUAAAGCCCAGGCUCUCUCAUGAUGAGCCACUUAUUCAACAGUAGGAGGAUUUUUGGAUUCACUGGGUGCUGGACUGAGGUGGUAAUGAUGCUGGGGUAAAUCUCCUGUGAGAAAGACCUCCAGUGGAUGGAUGCAGUUGUAAAAUCAACAGAACAUUCAUAAAUCCUCCACCACCACCAUUCAACAGCCACUCUGUGACUCUGGAGAGAGACCAAGAUUUUCUGUAGGAUUCUGAACUAUUUAUGUUGUUAUGGUUUAGUUUUAUAAAUGAUCUAUACCACGGUGAUUUUGUUUUAGCUCUACAAAUGUCAACUGUAAAUACAAAGAAAAUUCUUCAAGAGUCUUUUCUCCAUGCUUUAUCAAUGUGUAUGUGUGUGUGUGUGUGUGUGUUUGUCUGUUUGCCUGUCAGCUUGUCCACCUCUCUGUCCUUUAUUUGUUGGGCCCAUUCUUCUCUAUACAAAUCAAGCAGUGCCAUGUUGUGCUCCAUGUUCACAGACAGUCUCAACAGUCAAAGGCGUCUUCCACUGAAAACAGCUGAGAGGAGAGUUGAAAGAUGCUAAAUCAAAAAAAUAAGUCAGUGUUGUGUGAUUCAAUGUUAGUAUAAAGAAAUUGCUGGUCCAGGAGCAGUAAUGAGAAAUGUUUUUAAGAUUCCAUUUAAAUAAAUACAGGUAACUUCUGUGGUAAAAUAGAAGACGGAAUGAUUACAGUAAUUAUGGCGAGGGUAAAACAAUAGAGGGAACAUUCUAGAAAAAGGGUUGGAACAAGUGUGAGCGAUAAACCCACGCACUCUUGUGGUGUGCUUGGCAAUGCAUACUGGUGUACUGUAGGACCAACACAGUAAUGAGACUGAAGCUCAGCUUAACUCCCCACAUAGGAUUGGGGAGCAGCUCACAUCUCCUUCUGAGAUCAUAUUAAUUAAACUGUGUCUGAGAAAGAGGCCAAGACCUAUAAUAAAGGUUUUACCCUUGUGAGACUUGUCUUUUAGGAGCAUGAUCAUAGAUUAGGGUCAGCUGAGAUGCUUAAGGUUAGGUUAAUUUCAUAUGGCAAUGAGUGUCCUAAUGAAGAUACAAUUGCAAAGUAAAGUGUGCUGGCUUUUCAUAAAGCAAAUAGUUGUGUAUUGACACUUCAUACAUAAAAACUUGUGCAAGUAUCUUAUAGUGCCCUUGGGAUAAGAGCAGACAGAAAACACACCAACAUACUCAAGCUGCUAGCUGUGGAUAAUGGUGUGUGUGUGUUAAUGUUAAGCUUGAUCCCAUGAGUACAGUAGAGAAGAUAAUUCUGAAUAAUGAUGGCUAAGCACACACUGUAAUGUGCUGAGGCUGUGUGGUGUUCAUUGUAUGUGCUGGAAGUGGUGUUUUUUUCGACUUUGAUUUCCACAGAUGUGUGUGUAUAUCAAGCCUGGGGCCUAGUUAAUUAUGUUAAUUUCCACAGUGUCUUUCUCAUUAGGCCAGUAAUGGUUGAUAGCAGGAAGGCAGAACAUUACAUUGAUCCUUCUAUAAUUAUUCUGCAGCUACCAGGAUGGCCUUGUGUGCUUGUACUGUAUGUAUGUGUGUGUCUGUCUGUGCGUACACAAGUAUCACUACAAUAUACAACCAAUGUGAAAUUAGUCCUUGUUUUGUUAAUAGUAAUUGAAUCAUGGCCUGUAUGGAGUGUAACUGUAAUGAUAGGCUCCCUCUUCCUUUCCAUUCAUUUUUAUUACACUAAAUUGCUCUCUGCCUCUUUUUUAAUAAAUCCAUUUGAGCUUAGCUGCAUAUGAACAAGGCCAAUAAAUGUUACUUGUUGCCUGUUUGCCAGCUCAGAAACACAAA